AUGGCGGCGAAGCGCUCGCUGGCGCGCGUCGCGGGCCUCGACGUCGACCUCCUCAGUCGCCUCGAGUCCAACAACUUUCGAACGUGCGAGGACGUGCUGACGCGCCACCCGUUCGACCUGGUGGAGCUCCUGGACGUCAACCUGCCCGUCGCCGAGAAGAUCGUGACGUGCGUGGCGCGCGCGUGCUGCCCAAAGCCGGUGACGGCCAAGCAGCUGCUCGACUCCAGGACCGAUGACCCGCAUGGCGACGAUGACGGCAGUUCCGGGGGCGGGGGCGGAUCAUCGGCGUCGUCGACGCGCAAGACCCCGGCGUUCGUCCGCGCGCAUCUCGCCCCGCUCGACGACGCCCUGGGGGGGGGCGUUCCCACGGGAUCGAUAAGCGAGCUCGUCGGACCCGCGGGCGCGGGGAAGACGCAGAUGUGCCUCACGCUCGCGUGCGCCUGCGCCGCGCCCAAGCGAUGCGGCGGCCUCGAAUCCGGCGUGGUGUUCAUCGACACCGAGCAGAGGUUCUCGUCGCAGAGGCUGGCGGAGAUUGCGAGGGCCAAGUUCCCGGAGACGCUCUCCCCGGCGCAUGCACCCGACGCCGCGUCCGCGGAACGAGAGCUCGAGUCUCUGACGUCCAGAAUCCUCGUGCUGACCCCGAGCACGCUGUCGGAGAUGCUCCAGAGGCUGAACGGCCUGGAGGAGGCGCUCAUCGACCGCGGCGUGCGGCUGCUCAUCGUCGAUUCCGUAGCCGCGCUCGCCAGGGCGCAGUUUGGCCGCGGGCAGCUCACGCAGCGACAGGAGCUCCUCGGGCAGAUCGCCAGCGCGCUGAAGCAGCUGGCGGAGAGGCUCGGGAUGGCGGCGUUCGUGACGAACCAGGUGACCACGCGCGUGGGCGCGCGGGUGAGGCACGCGCACGACACAGCUGUGCGCGGCGGCGGGGGCGACACAGCUGGCGGGGGCGGCGACGACGCGGAUUCGCCCGGCUCCGUCACCGCCGCGCUGGGUACCAAGUGGGCGCACUGCGUCAACACCCGGCUCGUGCUCGAGGGUGCCGAGGGUGCCGUGGAUGGGGGCGAAGGGCGGGAAGAGGGGGGCGAGGGGGGGGUGGCGCGCGGCGGCGGCGGCGGCGGGGACACGGCUGGCGACGACGGGGGCGCGCGUUUCGUCGCCAGGGUCAUCAAGGUUGUGAAAUCUCCGAGAUGCCCCCUCGUCGGCUUCGAGUGCGAGGUUUACGCGGGCGGGUUGCGGGUGCACGGGGACCGGAAGGUGCGGGUGGAUCCGAGCGGGGCGGACGCGCAGGGCGGGAUCCGCGGUAUCUACCAGGGUGCGGUGUUGUGA